CUUGAGAUGGCCUGCCUGUAGGUCUUCGUUUCUGCUACGAGCCCCUGAACUUGCUGCGUGGCCUGGACUUUUCCAUCAUGCUCCAGCGCUCGCCUGCACUAUACUUGGUCAGAACUACCCAGGGGUGCCAUUGUGUAUCAUGACACGCCGACUCGUUCGAGCGGGCAUCCAGCUCGCGAUAUUCGCUUCUUUUGUACUACUUCUCAUCGUCACUUUAGACAAUAGGUUCCGUGUCCUCCCAGCGUCGAUUCACGGCCAUCUCCCUUCUCAUUACACCGGCUUUGUCGUCACCGAUGUCACCGUGGUGACCUGCUCAACUAUCAAUGUCUUUUCAAGCUGCAAAUCUACAUCGCCAACAUGGUUUCAAGUCGAAAAGGAUCUGUAUCUGCGGACGGGGUGGACUUCGGCUGCGUUUGUUCGAUUCCAGCGGAAGAAGGAGGAGGAGCUGCUCCUAACGGAUAAGGUUGUCGUUGACCUCAAAAUUAGCCGACUUGCCCCAGAGUUCCACGACGAUCCCAGCCAGGAUAAGGAAGGUUGGGAGCAGCGCCCCGGUGGAAUCUGGUUGAAGCGAUCUGCAAAGCGACACGUGAGUGACUCUGGCAACGCCAUAACCUCCAUUGACGUCUUAUUCGGUGCCGAUGCCGUUGACCCGCGCCUCGGUUGGGAGGUGAAGGAUACCCCACUGCUUCUGGAUAGUCGGACAGAGCUCUUGGAGGCUCGGAUCACUGUCCGGAGAGGAGAUCCACCGAAGACCAGGAAACCUGUGCCCAGGAUCAACGAAAAUGGUCGGUUCAAGAUCAUGCAGUUGGCAGAUUUGCAUCUGAGCACUGGUCUUGGUGUCUGUCGAGAACCCGUCCCGCCUGAGCUGGUCCCCGGGCAAGGGUGUGACGCGGACCCACGGACGCUGGAGUUUGUGGAGCGGCUCCUAGAUGAAGAGCAGCCGGACAUGGUUGUUCUGAGUGGCGACCAGGUGAAUGGCGAUACAGCCAAGGAUGCGCAGAGUGCGCUUUUCAAGUCUGUCAAAUUACUCAUCGACCGCAAGAUUCCGUAUGCCGCGAUUUUCGGGAAUCACGAUGACGAGGGCGACCUGGAUCGUACUCAGCAGAUGACUAUUUUGGAAGAUCUGCCGUACUCACUAUCAUCGGCUGGCCCCGAAGAUGUGGACGGAGUUGGCAACUAUAUCGUGGAAGUUCUCGGCCGUGGAAAGACAGAUCAUUCCGCACUAUCGCUUUACCUCCUUGAUACACACUCCUACUCCCCCGACGAAAGACAGUUUCGAGGAUACGAUUGGAUUAAACCUAACCAGAUUCGGUGGUUCAAGAAUACCGCCCAGGGGCUGAAAGCCAAACACCACGAAUACACGUACAUGCACAUGAAUCUGGCUUUUAUUCACAUUCCCCUUCCCGAAUUCGCUCAUCUCGAUAACUACUACCGAGGAAACUGGUCCGAGGCUUCGACUGCCCCCGGAUUUAACUCGGGGUUCAAAGACGCCCUUGAAGAAGAGGGCAUUCUUUUCGUUAGCUGUGGACAUGACCACGUCAACGACUAUUGCAUGCUCGGUAAAGACCAAGAUGAGAAGCCAUCGCUCUGGAUGUGCUACGGCGGAGGAGCGGGUUUUGGCGGAUAUGCAGGGUAUGGCGGUUACAUCCGGCGCGUGCGGUUCUUCGAAUUUGACAUGAACCCCGGACGCGUAGUGACAUACAAGCGCCUUGAAUAUGGCGCAACAGAGGCCAGAAUCGAUGAAAUGAUGAUUGUCGACGGAGGCGCGGUCAAAGGACCCGAGGUAGAAGAGGUACCGCAAGAGCCGCCGAUUCCCGACAGGGUUGUAUAAAUCAUACACACAAGGCACCUUCUGAGCGGUAUCAUUUGCCUUGCAUAAUCUAAUGCACCCGCGGACAACAUCUUGUUAUGUAAAAGUCUUUUCCUUCUCUCUCUUGUGUAUAUAGUAUGAGCCGGCAUAUUGUUGAGGUGGCGUUGGUUGAGGUAAAAUGUCCAACAUUAUUAAUUAAAUCUUUACGAUAAGAAGAAGAGAAGGAUCCCAGAUGCAAACACCAAAUUUCUUGAACCAUAUAUCAUAUAUACGAGUACUAUGUUCAAUCUACUCCAUUCCUCCC